UUUUUACAAGAAAAGUUAUUCUGUGUAUAAAAAAUAAAAAGAUUUCAUGAUUUGCAAUGACUCAUAGAAAAAAGUCAUUAAAUAAUAAAAUUAUGCAGGAAGAAGAAUUAUCUGAAAGUGAUGAUUACCUAAUAUCCGUUUUGGGUGUGAUUAACGGUUAUUGUAAAGUUAAUUUAGUGGUACCGCAAACUAGUACAUUUUACUCUAGUCAAAGUUUAUUACCAAUUAAUGCCAAUGUUAAUGAUAUCAUAUUUAAUAAUAAAAUUCAGAAAAGUAAAAUAAAUAAUUCACCUGAUAUCAUUGCCGAUAUGUUGAAAAAUGUCAACUUCAAAACUGAUAAUACAAUAGACGACAAAAGUUUGUCUGAUAAAACAUCUAUAAAUGAUUUUCAAAUUUAUUCAAAACCAUCUUAUUCUAAUAACAUUAACAACUUAGGUAAAAAAGAAAAUACUAAAAGAAGUAUAUCGCCUAAGAGUAGAAAAAAAAAAAAUAAAUAUAGUAAAGUAGAUACAGCUUCAUCUUCAACAUCUGAUAUUCAUACUCAUUCAGCACUUUCAGAUAUUUCGGAUCAAAGUUCCCCUACUGAUUAUCAUAAUCAAUACGACAGUAAGAGAUCAGAUGAAGGAUUACACUGCAUACAAGAUCAAGAACUUACAAAUAAACAAUUGAGAACUGUGAAAAAUAGUAUCAAUAAUAUUCCAUUAAGAAAUCGACUAUCACUCUCGGAAUCAAACUCUGAGAAUGAAAUUCAAAAUGACAAAUUAUCACCUCAAUCUCAAUGUCCUUUAUGCUUUGGUUUAUAUCCUACACCAGAUAUUGAGGCUCAUGCAUCUGAGUGCAAUAUUUGAAAAUCAAAACAAUAAUCAGGGAUUAUGUCAUCAAGAUUCUUAGGUUCAACAAUUUAAUAUUACAUUGAUUACAUUCCUUAGAUAUACAACUGAAAUCAUUUUGUCAAUUUUAUUUUUUAUUUGAUUUAUAUUGUUUGUGUAUACAUUUUACUGAAAAUCGGUUUUAUAAU